AACCCGCGGGGAAGGAACUCGGCAACGGACCAAGAUGGCGGCGCCCAGUGAGGGGGCAGCGUUUGGCGCCGGGGUUGAAAAGAGUCGGGGUGCAGGGGUUCGCUCCCCAGAAGAGACCCCUCAGAAAGUCCGGCAGCUGAUAGAUGAGGGGAUUGCCCCGGAGGAGGGAGGCGCCGACGCGAAGGAUGCUUCUGCCAGAUUCCAGUCGGUCAAUGGGUCACCCCAAGCAGAGCAGCCUCCAUUGGAAUCUACCAGCAAAGAAGCCUUCUUCAGCAGAGUGGAAACGUUUUCUUCUCUGAAAUGGGCAGGGAAGCCCCCCGAGCUGUCCCCACUGGUCUGCGCCAGGUAUGGCUGGGUCACCGUGGAGUGCGACCUGCUCAGGUGCUCCAGCUGCCAGGCCUUCCUGUGUGCCAGCUUACAGCCGGCUUUUGACUUUGACAGAUAUAAGGAACGAUGUGCUGAGCUGAAGAAGUCCUUGUGUACUGCCCACGAGAAGUUCUGCUUCUGGCCAGAUAGCCCCUCCCCAGACCGAUUUGGGAUGUUGCCGUUGGAGGAGCCUGCUGUCCUUAUGAGUGAGUUCAUGGACCGCUUUCAGAGUCUUUGUCACUUGGACCUCCAGCUGCCUUCCCUGAGGCCUGAGGACUUGAAAACUAUGUGUUUGACUGAAGACAAGAUCAGUCUUCUCUUACACCUGCUUGAAGAUGAACUUGAUCACCAAAUGGAUGAGAGAAAAACAACCACCAAAUUAGGCUCAGACAUCCAAGUCCACGUCACUGCCUGUGUUCUCUCUCUGUGUGGCUGGGCAUGUAGUUCUUCCCUGGAGCCCGUGCAGCUCUCCCUGAUAGCGUGCUCACAGUGUAUGAGGAAGGUGGGGCUCUGGGGCUUCCAGCAGAUCGAGGCCUCCGCGACCGACCUGGACACGUCCUUCGGCCUGACCAGCUCGCCCGUCCUGGGCCCUGAGGGGCGGCCAGAACGCGUCCCUGCAGUGCCGGAAUCUCCCCGAAGGAUGAUGACCCGCAGCCAGGAUGCCACGUUUUCCCCAGGCUCAGAGCAGUCUGAAAAGAGCCCGGGUCCCAUCGUUUGCCGGACGCGGAGCUGGGACUCUUCCAGUCCCGUUGACCGAGCGGAGUCAGAGGCGGCCAGCCCCACCACCAGAACCCGCCCGGUGACGCGCAGCAUGGGGCCGGGAGACGGCGCUGGCCUGGAAGUGCCCUCCAGCCCCGUCCGGAAAGCCAAGCGGCCUCGCCUCUGCUCCUCCAGCAGCUCCGACGCGGCUUCCCGGGGCUUCUUUGAUCCCACCUCUCAGCACAGAGACUGGUGCCCUUGGGUGAAUAUCACACUCGGCAAAGAGACCCGGGAGAACGGAGGAACCGAACCCGACGGCAGCCCCCCGGAGCCCGGCUGGAAGGCAGUGCUGGCCCUACUGUUGGCCCACAAGCAGUCUAAGCAGUCUCCCGAGGCCGAGUCCAUGAGUCUCUCUGAGAAAUCAAGGAAAGUUUUCCGAAUAUUCCGGCAGUGGGAAUCUUUGUGCUCAUCCUGAAGAUAAUGAGAAGUGGAGUCUGAAUGCCCUCUGAUCAGCCGACGCUAGGUUUUUCUCCCUUCUGGUUUCGUCAUGAGGAGCCCCUGCCACUGCAGAGGCACAGAGUGUCACCGUCUGGAUCUUCCUCACGGGGAGGUGGGCGGGGUGAGCUGCAGCAAGCCCAGACCAGGGAAAGGACUGCGGACUGGAAGUCAGAUGGGAGACCAAGGACGUGAGCACCAUUCCGGCGUCUGCGGCACACGCGUGGCAGUGUUCUGAGGACUCUUACAUAUCCCCGCGUGACAGUGUGUGUUAAUAAAAUGUUUGCUAAGA